AUGAUUGGUAUCGACCUCAAGAACCACCACGUCAAGAACUCUAACCGUUCUGCUCCCAAGUCUGACAAUGUCUACUUGGCUUUGUUGGUUAAGCUUUACCGUUUCCUUGCUCGUCGUACUGAUGCCAACUUCAACAAGGUUGUCUUGAAGCGUCUCUUUAUGUCUCGUAUCAACCGUCCUCCUGUCACUGUCUCUCGUCUUGUCAAGAACAACAAGGAAGGUAAGACCCUUGUUGUUGUCGGUCGUAUUACCGAUGACUCUCGUCUUCUCGACCUCCCCAAGCUCUCUGUUGCUGCUCUUCACCUCUCCAAGACUGCCAAGGCUCGUAUCUUGAAGGCUGGUGGUGAAGUCUUGACUUUGGAUCAAUUGGCUCUCCGUGCCCCUACUGGUGCCAACACCAUCUUGAUCCGUGGUGCCAAGAACAGCCGUGAAGCCGUCAAGCACUUUGGUUUCGGUCCUCACAAGAACAAGAAGCCCUAUGUUCGUUCCAAGGGUCGUAAGUUUGAACGUGCUCGUGGUAAGCGUUCUUCUCGUGGUUUCAAGGUUUAAAGACCUUUUUGUUUUGUUUUGUUUUUUGUUUUUUUUCACUUUUACAAAGACAUUCAAAAAAUAAUAAUAAUAAACCCACACUUUUUUAUCAUACAAC